CAUUAUCGGGCUUUCUCCGGUACAGCAAGCGUUAGACGAACACAUUGUGUGCUUUUGAUGCUGUUUAGUUAACGUUUGGAAUGAAAGUAGAACUACGGGGCCUGUUUAAGAUGCGUAUCAUGUCUAGAUCGUCAUCAUCUUCUCACUCUAGUGUUAGUAGUGUUACCUUCUAUGGAAGAAAACGAUUUGGGCCAAAAGAAAAGGCAGAGAUUAAUAACAAAACUUAUCCUAUAGUAGUAGAAAUGUCAAAGAUAGAGGAAGCCGAGUCUCGGUGGUACACAGAGAGGAAAGCAGAAUAUCCAAGUGUCACAUCCAUACUCAAACUCACGAUGCCGACAGACAGCAGCCUUCGACUGAGUAAAUGGAUAAGAAAGAAGGAACACGAACUAGGAGUGAAAGGAGCGUUACAGCUCAGAGAUGACAUCAGACAGAGAGGACUGACAAUACACAAGUAUCUUUCAGAUCACUUUUUGGGCAGAUUGAGGGAUGAGGAUAUACCUAGAAAUCUGUUAGGGUAUUGGAAAAGCUUCAAACCUGUUCUAAAUGGCAUAUCAGAGCCAAAGGCUGUGGAGACUGCUGUUGUGCAUCGCAAGCUGCAUUAUGCUGGGACUUUCGACUGUGUUGCCAAAUACAGGGAUCAUUUGUGUCUUAUUGACUGGAAGACAUCUGAUAAACCGAGACGAACUCUUAGAGAUUGUUAUGAUUUCCCUAUUCAAGCAGUUGCAUAUGCAGGAGCUGUCAACGUAGACAAAUCUUAUCCAUUUAAAGUGGAUAGAGCACUGGUAGUUGUUGGUUAUCAAAACGGGUCGCUCGCUGAUGUUCACCUCAUGUCUCGCAUGCAAUGUGAGGGAUACUGGGAGAAAUGGCUGGAGAGACUGAAUUCUUAUCGUAACAUCAAAUUUGAAGAGAAAUUUGAUGACAGCACGUUAUAGAUGCAACUGUGCAUUAAAACAUGUUAUUAUAAAAUAUAGUUUUCUCUGAUGUAAUUAAUCUAUAUGUUACAGUAUUGCUGGUUGAUUGAUAUCAAAUAGAUGGACAAUUUACUUUUUAUUUGAAA